GUAUUAGAACAUGUAUAUGAAGUUGUGAAUAAGGCAAUCAAUAAGAAUAUACCAGGUAUUGAAUUUCGUAAAGGGGCAUUGGAAAUUAAGCUAAGAAGUGUUAAAGUGAGCGUACCAGAAAUGAUUAAAGAUGAACUCAAAAAUGCAUUACACAUUUCUUGGAAUUCUAAAGAUCAGAAUUUAGCAGACUUUAUAAUCUCUAUUAUGGAUGACAUCCUUCCUGACAUGCCAGGUUUAUGA